AACAAAAAUAUCCUCUUACAUUACAUACCUAACCUUCAAAAUCUCAGACAAAAGAACACACACAGUGGGAGGUGAAACUAUGUGUUUCUUGGUCUGCGACAAGGAGGAGACGGAGGUGGGGCGGCAGCAGGCGCCGGGUUCGUGCCCCUACUGCGGCGGGAAGGUGCAUGCGGUGGACGUCGGCACCCGGUGGCGGUUCUGCUUUAUCCCAGUUUGCUUCCGAUUCAAGCGCAAGUACUUGUGCUCGCUCUGCUGCAGGCGUCUGGUUUUGUACGAUUCGUGGUCGUAGAUUUCAUCCCAAUUCAAUAGAAACAACUCAUUAUUUCUUUCUUAAUUUUUUGCCAUGAGUUUGAGCCGUCAUUUGGUGGAUGAGAAACGUUGAAGAUCAGAAUUCAGCAUGCAGUUUUAGGACAGAUGUUCACAGCUGCUCUGUUUUGUCUCUUGAUGAUUAAUUAUUGUGUAUGUACAGUGUAUGUAUAGGUUUACAUCCGUCGAGACAAUCUUGGGAAAGGCUUUAGAUUGUCGACAACGGGAAAGUAAUUUUGUUUCUCACUUACUCUCUGAAAUUUAAAAUUGAUCCGUUCUACUUCAUUUUAAUCAGUAAUUGUAAGUUGCAGCAGAUUUUCAGGAGUUAUGAUGUUUGUUUCGAGUGUUAAUGUUAGAAAAAUGUUUCUGAGGAUGAAUAUUGGUUUUGAUCAAGUUGUGCAGAAAUAUG